UCAGUUGCCUUUGGACAGCCACAGUUCUCAGAACAUUCGUGUUUCGGUAGAUAAAAAGCAAACGAAAAACAUUUCGCAUUUGUUUGAAACAAAAAUAACAACAAGAAUAAGUAAAGAAUUCAUUAGCAUUUAAACAAGAAAAAAACCCAAGCAACAGCCAUGAGCAACAAACCAACUUUGUACUACGCUCUGUUUAGUCCUCCGGCCAGGGCAUGCAUGAUAACAGCCAAGUUGAUUGGCCUGGAUUUGGAUUUGAAAUUUGUUGAUUUCUCACAAAAAGAACAUUUGAGCGAAGAAUUUCUAAAGUUAAACCCCCAACAUCAGAUACCGGUUUUUGUGGAUUCGGAUGGUGAAGUCUAUAUUGACAGCCACGCCAUUAUUUGUUUUAUGGUUGGUAAAUAUGGCAAGGAUGAUAAACUCUAUCCCAAGGAUUUGAAGACCCGAGCCCAUGUUGAUCAUCGCCUGCAUUAUGAGAAUGGUGUUCUGUUCCAAGUUAUUAAAGAUAUUGUGGCCCGCAACAUAUACGGUGGCGAGGGUGAUUUCAACCCCAAGACUAUUAUUCUUUGUGAAAAUGCCUAUAGCUUCUUGGAAGCCUUUCUCAAAAAAGGCAAAUAUGUGGUGGGCGAUGAAAUGACUGUGGCCGAUGUAUCGAUUAAUACCACUCUGGUGACUUUGAAUUUGUUGCUGCCAGUCAGCGCUGAAAAAUAUCCUUUAACUGUUGCCUGGAUGGAGAGGAUGAAAUCGUUGCCCGAUUAUGACGAAGUUAAUGUGAAGGGUGCCGAAGCCUUGUGUACACGCAUCAAGGGGGUUAUGAGUGCCACCCGUGAAGCUGCAGCUGGAAAAUGAAGAGAUUGUAGAAUGGAGUUUAUCUUCUAUAUAUUUGAUUUUAUUUAGGGUUUCCGGGAUUAAUUUAAAUUUUGUAAUUGGAAAAUUAAAUGUACUUAAAUUUGUUGGAAUUGUAGCGAUGUGCCUGUGAAUAAACAUUUAGAGUUAUGAUUGUAAACCAA